AUCAGUGUGACAAGCAGAGAUGCGGGAAAUUGGCUUAAUUUUCAUUAUAUUUUCCUUAGUUACGGCUCACGUAAUUAGGGAUUGGUCUAAUAUUAAACCUGCUCCCGCAGUACCCAAUUCGCUUGCAUCCUCUGAAGAAAUAAAGAUCGUAGGAGGUAAUGAAGCUGCACGAAACUCUUUACCAUACCAAGUCGCUUUGCUACUUAAUGACAAAGAAGGAGGGUAUUUCUGUGGUGGAUCUCUCAUCAGCAGUAGAUACGUGUUAACAGCUGCACAUUGUUUGGCGGAUGGACUUAUAUCAGCACAAGUGAUACUUGGAGCGCAUAACCUUCGUCGAUCUGAAUCUACCCAACAACUCAUUUCGAGCACAACGUUCAAACACCAUGAAAAUUUUAAUAAUCAAACAGGACAGAAUGAUUUAGGCGUUAUCUAUCUUCCAACACCAGCCAACCUCAAUCAGUACGUUCAACUGAUAGCACUUCCUAGUAGAGCUGACGUUUCGAAUAGUUUCGCAGGAUCGGAGGCAGUAGCAAGUGGUUGGGGAUUGUUUUCUAGUUCUUCUGACGAUCUGAGUGACGUAUUGCGAUAUGUCGACGUUCCGGUUAUAGCAAACGACGUGUGUCAAGAAAACUUCGGUUCGUUCAUUACCAACUCGAUAAUUUGUUCUGGAGGAGUGGAUAAAGGCAUUUGCUCUGGAGACUCAGGCGGACCUCUUGUCGUCAGUAAUCAAUUGGUUGGUGUAGCUUCAUUUGUAGGUGAAUGGGGUUGCUAUGCUGGGUAUCCAAGCGCUUUCACAAGGGUGUCAUCAUUUUUAGACUGGAUCUCAGCAAACACAGAUGCUGUUAUUUCUUAAAUAACUGACAAAUAUUACAUUUAUUGUUACUAAAUAGAUCUUUAUCUAUCUAUAUUCUAC